UGAAAAUUAAAUAUCCCCGCGAUUCCAAAUGUCCCGUUUCGUGCGCUGCGUAAGAGUGUGCGCGCGUGCGUGUGUGUGUGUGCGACCGUGUGCGAGAAUUAUGGCUUCGGGCUGGUGAGCAUCUUUGGUGGAACUUUUCACCCCGAAAACCGAUCAAAAACGGUCCGAAAACAUUAACAACGUGCAGUGGAAGGUAAAUGCGUCCGAGAGUGUAUAUUUUCCACGCGGUACGCGUGUGCUGCAGUUGGUGAAAAGUGAUCCAAAAAUUUGAUCGUAAACCGGGUACGGUUCACUAAUAAACGCGAAGUUUAAUAUUUAGACAGUGCAAGAACGGUGUAGUAACGCUGAAUACAAUUGUUGAAUGUUGCGAUAACGUACCAGAGGUACCGGGGAGCAGUGUUUCUGAAUUGAUGGUAGUUGAAAACAUAAACGAGUGGCUUACUACGAUCCGGGUGCUGCAUGUGUACGUGUGUGUGUGUUUGUCUGGCACGACAGUUUGAAAACAAAAUAUAGGUACACAAAGUUUGCACAGUACUCAAUCGAGCUUUGUUUCCGUGGCGACGGAGGAAACAUCCUUCGAAAGGAAAUUUCGAUAAACUAAGAAAGCCCAUAGGGAAGGUUCCUUCAUCAGCCAUUCGGCGCCUAGUGGACGAAAGAAACAUAUAUUUCGAAGUUGUAAAAGUUUAGCUUCGACCGUACAGUAACGGUUUGCCAAGUAUAUAUAUACAGUGGGAAAGGUGUUGUGUUUUUGCGUUGGAAGUACAUUUCUCGUUUCGCAUUACUCUAGACACUGGACAAACGUUGUUCCGGAGUCGUUGUGUAUUGCAUAUUUUGUAACCCAGACUAAUAUCGAGAGCACCAAAAAAAACGGAAACCCAGAAACAAAAAGUGCUGGAGCAAUGAGUGCCCCUGAAGACACCACUGCAACCGCACAACUUGCUCCCGAUCAUCAUCACCAGCAAAAUGUUGUGUCACCGUCAGCAGUCUCCACAUCCUCCACGUCUGUACCGGCAGUAACAGCAGCAGCAGCAGCAGGAACCGGCCAAGCACCGGCAGCAGCAUCAUUAGCAUCGUCACCUCCAACACCAACGCAUGCUGGAUCGCCUACAGUUACCACGCUGAGUGCAGCAGCGAUAGCAGGAUCAGCAGACACGGGCACCGGAACCGGUGCUGGUGCGUCUGCCACACUUCCCGCCAACAACGGAAGCAAUAACAACAGCCACACCGGUGACAGCAAAGAAGGUGUUGGGGCUGCUGCCGGCAACAGUAGUGCGCCGGACGGUAGUAGCAGAAGCGGAGGUAGUGGUCCUCUCGAUGCUACCGAUGCUGCGAGUAGUUGCGAUGCUGAAAAGGUACCAUCGGUACCCACUACUAGCCCACCGCGGACGGAGGAAGGAAUUGUUGCCACGUCCGAUAGUUUGGCUGCAACAGAAUCAUCCGGUGGCACCUCAACGCCCGUUGCAGGAGCAUCUCCUGCAUCGAUCGCAGCAAGUGAUGCUGUUGGUACGAAAACGUUGUCCACUGCGGCGGCAAGUGGUGAAGGUACGUCGCUAGUUGGUAGCGGCAAUGUUAUCCCAACGGUUACGAACGGAGGCGGUACGAAUAAUACAACCGUAAUACCUGUAUCAGCAGGUACCACGAUUCCGCUACGUGGGCGCGAUGUAACCGACAAACACUCAUUGGAAUAUCACUGCCGGGUGCUGGAAGAGGAACUACAGUUGAUAAAGGAUUCCGAAGCAAAGAUCAAACAACAGUAUAGUGAGUCUCAGCGCCGGGAGCGGGUCCUUGCACGUCGUGUUACGGUGCAGGAGCAGGAAAUGCGCGACUAUUCGAAACAAAUUGCGGAACUGAAAUCUGCCCAAGCGCCCGGUCCGGCUGCACUGCGAUCGGCUUUGCUAGAUCCCGCGGUGAAUAUACUCUUUCAGAAGCUUAAAGCGGAACUGCAGGCGACCAAGGCAAAGCUAGAGGAAACACAAAACGAGCUGUCGGCAUGGAAGUUUACGCCCGAUUCAAACACCGGCAAGCGUUUGAUGGCGAAAUGUCGCUUACUGUACCAGGAAAAUGAAGAGCUUGGCAAGAUGACGUCCAACGGUCGGUUGGCAAAGCUGGAGAGUGAGCUUGCGCUGCAGAAGAGUUACAAUGAGGAGGUGAAAAAAUCACAACUAGAGUUGGAUGAUUUUCUGCAAGAGCUGGAUGAAGAUGUCGAAGGUAUGCAGGGUACGAUCGUGUUUCUUCAGCAGGAACUAAAGCAGACGAAAGAUUCGCGGGACGAAAUGGAAAAGGAGCUCAUACAGUUACGCGCCUACAUAGCGGUCAAUUUGGGUCCUUUCUCCGGUAGCGCAAACAACCCAACUAGUGGCAGCACACCGACGGACGAGCGCAGCUCAUCGAUGAUGCUGAUGAUGGAUGCGCAGGAUAGCAAUAGUAACAGCAACAGCCACGGUCACGAUGCCUACCACCAUCCGGACGGUGGCGGUCCGGACAGUAUCGGCGGUGUAGGCAGGGUGGGUGAUAUGGGCGGUGGUGUUACCCCGAUCUAUCUAGUGAACGGUGGUGGUGGUGGUGGUGGGGUUGUUGGUAGCGACAACAUUGGCGCCGGAAGCAGACUGGUGAAUAAAAGUUCAAGUAGUGGUGAUGAUCACGAUAUGAUGGUGUACAGCAAUCGGACGCACUGUGGUGGCGCAGUUACGAAUAGCAAUGAGUUACGAACUACACCGCAAACCGGUGGUGGUGGAUUGUCACUAGCAGCAGCAACAGCAACAGCAGCAGCAUCAGCACCGUCUGGUUCUGAUGCCGAACCUGGCAACAGUAGCAACAGCACCAGCAUCAACAGUACGAACAGUGGUGCUGCUGCAACAGUGAACGGUAGUUCCGCUGCAGCGAUCGCGUCAGAUGGUGAUCCGUUAGUUAAUGAACUGAAUGAUCCACCGUUGCCUAGUAGUGUUGCUGGUAGUGAUGGCAGCGGUAGAACUAGUAACAGUAAUACCGAUAGCAAUAGUGGUGGCACCGUGACCGAUGCCGACAACAGUGUGAAUAGUACGAACAGCAGUGGCAACAGUGCCGCUCUGAAACAGCAACACCACCAGCAUCAUCAUCAGCAGCAGCAGCGAACAAGUAAUAAUGUCGGUCGAAAUGGUGGACGAACAACAGUGGCCGCUAGGAAGCGGAAUUACAAUGAAACCGAGAUCGAUUCGGCCGAGCUGCUGCAAAACGAAAGCGCCGGUAGUGUUGUUGUCAGUGGUGCCGCUUACGGAAGUGAAAGUGUUGUUGUUGACGGUGUGCUAGUGAAGGACGUUGUUGGUGGUGUUGCGGAUAGUAGUGCUUGUAGUAGUGCCGGUGGUGUUGCAAAUGGUAAGCUGCUGAACGCUGCCGACAGUUCACUAUUGACCGAGCAGCAGCAGCAGCAUCAGCAGGACAUCGAAACGAACAGCAACAAACGCAUGACACGAUCGGGUAAGGGUAAAGCGAUCGCAACCACUGCACCGGCAGCUGCGUCCGUUUUGUCCACUUCCACCAUCUCCUCCACCUCUUCCUCCUCCUCCAACACCUCCUCAUCAUCAUCAUCCGUCACUGCUUCGAACGUGCUAAUGACGAGUGCGGCAAAAAAGCUCCGAAGAGGUUCCAUCGCACCGGAUGACGAAGUGGAUCCGUUGUGUGAUGCACCACCUUCGUCACAGCAACAUCCACAGCAGCAGCAGCAGCAGCAGCAACAGCAGCAACAGCAGCAGCAGCCACAGCAACAAACGAUAUCGUCCGCCAACGGUUCGAACUAGGCUCGAAAGUGUGUGUGUCUGUGGUUCUGUUUUUCUUUCGUGUUACACACGAGUUGUCCAAUUUGUGGCUGAUGUACGGUCCGUUUGGAGAAGUGCACUGAAGCAGACAGCCCUUGACAGAGGCGGUAUUGUAUGUGCGCCGUGGGUAAGGUAUCCUAGAGGCUCAUACAAACUUACAAUAUCAGUUGUUUUAGAGGGCAUGUAAAGCGAAACGAAACAAAAACCCAUCUUAAACUCAUGAAGCAUCUCGGGAUUGAUAAACCCCCCUCUCUCAUUACAAAACCCCUCCCGAGGUACGUUAUUCUUUCUGGGCAAUGAGGGAGAUCAUUCGACGAUCAAUUUACGCACUCCAGGACGACGGUGCGGAUUGUGUGCGUUAGGGCAAACACACACAGUAGCAAGUAAAGUACAUUUAAAACGUAAACAAACAGACAAAAUGAAACGAAAAAAUAGAGCGAGCGAGAGAGAGAGAGAGAGAGAGAGAGAGAGAGA